GUCUGUGUGGGGUGGGAGCCCUCCUCUGCUCUGAGUUGCUGCUACAGGGAGUCUAGAUGGGACCAUUGGAAAAGGUCAGGGCAGCCUGGGCACCUCUUGACGCCUCCUGAGAUUCACACGUUCCCAGCUGGUCCUUGGACUGGGCAGCUCCCAUGUGGGGCUGGGAGGUGAUGGGGGGACCAGGCAGCUGCAGGAGGGGAUGUGGUUUGCUGGGCGUGGCAGGGAGUUGGCUUUGCUCUGACCACGGUAGAUUUGGGCUGGAGAUUGCAGAGAAAAUCAGCUGAUGGGGUGGAAAGGGGCCGAGCGCAUCACGGGCUUCCUGGGGCUGCAGCCCCCGGCACAGUUCCUCAUUCCGCUCGCACUCGGGCCUCAGGCUGGGUGGAGCUCAGCACUGGGGUGUUGGUGGCAGCACUGAGGGGCCCCCACUGCCCCAUCAUGGCGUCUGCUCUCACCGUUCUCCUCCUCGGCUGCUGGCUGGCCGGGCGGAGCGGGGUGUCGGGAGAGCGAUCCCUCCCCAAACCCUCCAUCUCCGUCAGCCCCGGUGGGGUGAUCCCCAUGGGGGGAAACAUCACCAUCCGGUGUUGGCAUCAGCACCUGGGCAUGAGGUUCCACCUCUACAAGGCUGGCGUUGGGAACUCUCUGACUUACACAGACCCUGCUGGCUCUGAGGCUGAAUUUCCCAUCACCAGCGCCAGACGGGAACACGGUGGCAGCUACACCUGUCGUUAUAGCAACAGAACAGGAGGUGCUGCCUUCUCGGAGCCCAGUGACCCUGUGCAGAUCAUUGUAGCAGAUCCCAGCUUACCCAGACCCUCCAUAUCUCUGAGACCCACCGGGGUCACCGUCCCAGGGGCAGACGUCACCAUCCGGUGUCAGGGGCAGCACCGGUACGUGAGGUUCUUCCUGCACAAGGCUGGAGACCGGAACCCGCAGCGACACGUGGACCCUGCUGGGGCCAGGGCUGAGUUCCGCAUCCCCACCGUGGGCCGGCAGCACGGAGGGAGCUACAGCUGCAGCUACCGGCACCCAUCAGAGCCCUUCGUCUCCUCGCAGCCCAGCAACACCGUGCAGCUGGUGGUAGCAGGGGGGACUGACCCGACCCAGCCUGGACCAGCGACGGCUCCCACCCGCCCAGGCAGUGCGGGGACAGCAGCCCCCCCGGGGCGCCCGGAUUUCACCUACGCCAACAUCGCCCGCCUGGUGCUGGGCACCAUGGUCCUGCUCGUCCUGGGGCUGAUCCUGGCUGAGGCCUAUUCCAGCCGCCCGAGGGGGGUGCCCUAGGUGAGGUGACCCCUUUGUCGCUCAUGUCUGGAUCCUUUUCCAGUUUCUCCACAUCCUUUCUAUACAGCGGUGACCGGAACUGGACACAGCACUCCCGGCCUGCCCAGCGCCGAGCAGAGCGGUACUCUCAGCGCCCGUGACUUGCACGCUGCACCUCUGUUAAUGCAGCCGAACAUUGCAUUUGCUUUUGUUUUGCAACGGCAUCGCGUUGCUGACUCACGUUGAGGGUGUGAUGAUCCACGACAACUCCCCGCUCCGUCUCAGCAGUGCUGCUGCCAAGCCAGUGAGCCCCCAUCCUGUGCUUGUGCAUUUGGUUUUUCUUCCCUACGUGCAGCACCUCUGUUGACUUUCAAAUAGCUUGGAAAAGACAUGACUAAGGUGGGAUACGAUAGAGGUCUAUAAAAUCAUGACUGGUGUGGAGAAACUAAAUCAGGAAGUGUUGUUUACUCCUUCUCAUAACACAAGAACGAGGGAUCACCCAAUAAAAUUAAUAGGCAGCAGGUUUCAAACAAACAACAGGAUGCAUUUCUUCACCUAACGCACAGUUAACCUGUGGAACUCCUUUCCAGAGGAUGUUGUGAAGGCCAAGAUUAUA